AUGGCUGCCGCGAGUGAGGCAAAAACAAAACACCGAUGAUUUUGGGGCUAAUUCUCAUCUAAUUUGGACUAAAAACCUCAACAUGUCGGAGUCUUUAGAAACUACAGCUAUGGAGGAGCGACAGGAGCAGCUGCGGGAGCUGACGGAGUUCACAGAGAACUGUAAAGAGAAACUGAACCAUAUAUUAGAGAGCCUGGGAUGGUCGCUGGACUACAAACAGGAGCUAAUGGAGCAGUGCCCGUACGACUCCCACCACAGAGUCCCAGCGAGGAGCCUGGAGAAACACAAAGCCUCCUGCAGCCUCCGGAAGAUGGGCUACUCCGCAGAGGAAGAGAACACGUCAAAAAAGACGAGCCCCCAGAAGGUCCUUCUCUCCGAGAACACAGACACGCCCAACGACAUUGCGGGAACCUAA